GAAGAACGAAGGAGAGAGAGAGAGAGAGGAGGCGAUUAGGCUUUUAGGCUUUCGCGAGCAGCGUUCGAGGCUCGAUAGCCGCUAGCUUCACUUGGCUGAUUAGUCAGGGCAACAAGCAAACUGAAUAUACAAACACCACUCAUUAGUGUAUUUCACGGUUGUAAUAUAUUUCACCAAAUUGUUGUAAUUCGUAAGGGAUUCUAAGAAUCUCGAGGUAUUUCAAGUUUUCCUGUGCGGUCAGGAAAAACAGGAGUGUGUGAGAGAGAGAGAGAGAGAGAAAGAGAGAGUGAGGCAGACAGAGCUAGCGAGCGGUGGGAGAGCGGCGGACGAGCAAGAUAGUGUAGAUUUUUGUGGGUUUCAUUGAAAGCGUGUGUUUCUUCGGGUGACACGGCGUCGUUGUGAACGUAUUAGGCACAGAUCUACUACUGAGAAGACGGACAAAUUUUCAAGCAACCAUUCAAAAUCAAUUCGCAAUCCUUUCUUAUAAAAAAAAACAUCGUGGAAUUUGGAAUCUCUUCGAUAAGACAACCGGAUUUCCGACGACUCGUUGACUUCGGCGGAUUUGACGGCGAGGCAAAAACUGUGAAACUGAGACAAUCACAAACAUGAGAGACAUACGAUUGCACGAUUAGAAUUCGUUAUUCUCAUUGAUGAGCAAAUAUUGCGCAAGUUAUUCAUCAAUUCACUCUUUGGUUUCGUUCAAUCUGAAGCGAGCGAGCCCAAAAUGCAAAGGAAUCUAGAGUCACCUAUUUUUUUUACGGACCCAGCACCGGUGAUGCUUCUUGCAAGUUUUUAGAAGCCCGUGAAGAGGCGAACGAUAAACAUACCAUGGGUAGACCCAGGAAGAAUUCUGCGGCUUCUAAAGAGCCGCCAAAAUUCGUUGCUGUGCGUAAAUCGAGCAGGCAAAUAGCAAGGAAGCAACGAAAAGAAGAAAAAGUUGAGAGACUCAACGGAGAAGUUCUAAGUUCCGGAACUAACGAUUGUUCGGACGAUUCAUCCAAAAGCAGGGACGAAAGCUCUAAAUCGAGCCUAAAGAAAACUCGGGGACCGACAAAAAAGCUUGGGCCUCGUAAACGUGUAAAGGAAAAGUUAGAGAGAGAAAAUGUGGAAAAAAAAGCAGAAAAUAUUGAAAAAGAUGCUGAGGACAGUGACAGUCAAGACGGAGAGGAAAAAUCAUUGGUUAUUACAAAGAAAUUGAGCGCCGAAGAUGUUAGACAAAUGGUCGUUGGCUCGAGCGAAACCAAUGGCCUUGAAAAAGUAAGUCUAGAAGACAACAGCGACGUUUGUUGGUCGGAGGAUGUUAUAGAGGAAACUAUCAUUUGCGAGGAGAUGGAAGUUGAGGGUGAAACAAUGGAGAGCUCGCAUUACAGCCUUGCCGAUGAUGGAAGCGUCGUACUAGAGGAAGUUUUGCUCGUAAACGAGCCUAACUUCGAAGGCAAAAAUGUAGUUGAAUUUACUGUGAUAAGAAAUGAAGAUGGCACCGAAUCUAUGGUAGAAUCAAUGGUUGUGGCGGGUGAAGAUCCUGAACUGGAUACUAAUAAUUAUGAGGAAAAUGCUAGCGAGUAUCACAUAAUAGAGGAAGGUGUAAGUUGUUUAAGGGUUGAUGAAAGAGUUGACGAAUCCCACAGUGAAAAAAUUCUACAGGGAGAGCCUACUUCGAAAAAGCACGAGGAAUCGAGUUCCAGGAUGAUAAUUUAUGAUCCAGAUGCGUCCACAGACGCGUCGGGUGAAAGAGAAAUCGGAGGUCGUAAGAGGUCAGGUAAAAAGAACAAAAAUCUCGUUGAUCGUAGGAAUAAGAUUUUGGAUAAAAAUUUGAAUCGGGAGUCACCUAUUUUGCUUAAAGGAGAUUUAAUUUCUCCGGUCCGAGACAAUGGCUCUGUUGAGCUGAAAACUUGCAUCGAAACCUCAUUUACUCCUGAUGAAUGCAGCAAUAGUUCCGAAAUUGAUAAAUCUGUAACGAAAGGUUCGUUAAAAAUUGAUGAACGAACCAAAAGAUCCAAUUCCGACUUUGAAGAUAAUGAAAAUUCAGUUGCCGAAUUCCCAAUCGUUCCUGGAGAAAUCGUAAAUACUGCUCAACGAGCGAUUUUGAUCCAAGAGGAUGAAGACAGUGUUACCACGUCCGAAAAAUCCGAACAAUCGCGAACCGAAGAUUUUUUCCCACGUGAUAAAUCCUCCUUGCCACCUACAGGGGAACAAUAUCAACGAAUGGAAUCAAAAGAAAUCUCGAAAACGGAAACUAUCUUGCGACACAAAGGUGAUCGUUUGAACUCUAUUUCUACAAGAUCCCCGCAAUCUUUGGAGCACAAAAGCAGCACCGAGCGCCCACGUGAUAUUGAAGAGAUCUCGCGUGACAGUGAAACCGAUUGCGGGAAAAUCGAUUCCGAGGAUAUUAAAUUAACGACAAGCAGUAGCAGCGGUAGUGAAAACAGCAACGACACUUCCGUUUCCGUUAAUAAUUGCAAAUUACCGGAUGUCAGUGAGGCCAAAAUUUCCACUGGCUCUGGCCUCAAUGAAGCUGAGAAAAAAAUUGGUUUCCGUAGCCGUAGCGGUAGCACCGAUACCACCGGAUCCGAGAGUGGUUGUUCCAACAGCUCCGCCGUUCGUCGCAGUAGCAGAAUUCGUACUAUAGGACUGAUGAAGCAGAGAUCUCGAGGUCGUGGCCUCGUGACGAAGCCAAAUUUGGAUCUCUCAAAAUUGGUAGUAAUACAACAGGAGCGUGAAAGAUUAUUGAACAGCGGCGGAGGUCCGACGAAUCAAGAAUUGCGAGACACGCCGGACAGUCAAUCUGAGACCCAAUCAGAUCGAGAAGGUAGCAACAAAAUGGUAAUAAAUACGGAUUCUCAAGCGUCUUCGAACACGAGCAGUGGUCUAGCAGGUUACGAGUCCGAUUCGUCCAAACCCGUCAAAGUAAAGUCGCGCUGGCGACGCUCGAGUGAAUUAGAAAUGGGCAGUUUAGGAUCCCGCCUCGGAUUCGGAAAUAUCUCUGGCCUUUCCAGUAAUCCUGGUGGAUCGUCGAGCGGCCAAGAUAUUAGCUCGGGAAACUCUUCCUGUACAGGAAGUUUAACUGCAAUCAAUUCCAUCACGAAUGAUUCCGAGCUUGGCAAAAAUUCUCCCAUCAAUUCCGGUCUGUCGCCAGUCCCUCGAGCCGUUGGUGCCAAAAUUCCACUUCCCAUGGUUCUCGAGGUGAAAGAUCGCGAAAUGGAAGAGCGACUCAGUCAAUUUGAACAUCUGAAGGAAAACGCUUACCUCACCGAACGGUACACGAAUAAGGAAACAAAGAGAAUGGUGUGCGAUUGUUUUUUAACGGAGGAGGAAAUCGAAAGAGGCGAAUUGGGCUGUGGAGAAGAUUGUCUCAACAGACUUCUCAUGAUCGAGUGUGGGUCGAGAUGCGUCGUGAAUGAUAGAUGUACGAAUAAAAGAUUCCAGAAUUGUGAAUAUGCGAAAUGUGAGGUAUUCCGAACGGAAAAAAAAGGUUUCGGUUUGCGGGCGACUUCAGAUCUCGAAGCCGGUGAAUUCAUAAUGGAAUACGUCGGUGAAGUUCUCGACGCUAAGGAUUUUCGACGCAGAGCAAAGGAUUAUUCAAAAGACAAGAAUCGCCAUUAUUAUUUCAUGGCUUUGAAAUCAGAUCAAAUUAUUGACGCGACAAUGAAGGGGAAUAUAUCACGAUUCAUAAAUCACAGUUGCGAUCCCAACGCCGAGACUCAAAAGUGGACGGUAAACGGUGAAUUACGAAUAGGUUUUUUCAACAGAAGAUUCGUCGCGGCCGGUGAAGAGAUAACUUUCGAUUAUCAUUUUCAACGUUACGGAAAAGAAGCUCAAAGAUGUUAUUGCGAAGCCCCAAAUUGUCGUGGCUGGAUAGGAGAUACGCCGGAAGAGGAGAAGGAGAAGAUCGACAAGAAGGAGAAGCGUGAGAAGGAUGAAGAGAAGGACGUGAGAAAGAAAAAGGAAGAGAAGAAGCCGACGGAGGAUUACAUGGAGGAUGAAGAUCUCGAGGAGGAGAUCGACAAGUUGUGCCAGUGCGGUUUAAAAAAUCGUGCCCACACGUUAAAUCUAAGCAGAUUAAUGGUUCGUAGUCGAGAAUUGGAGCAUCGUACGCGUUUAUUGGGAGUUAUACAAAACGGUGAACAACCUUGUCGUCGUUUGUUCCUCGAUUACCACGGACUUCGUUUGCUGUGGAGUUACAUGAUGGACGUGGCUGGUAAUCACAGCGACGAGGCUCAGCUGUUCCGUCUGGAAGUUCUCAAGACCUUGAGCACACUGCCAAUACCCAAUAAAACAAUGCUCAUGGACAGCAAAGUAUAUAGCGUUGUCCAAAAAUGGUCCGAAGAAAGAUAUUUUUCUCCCAGACAGGAAUCACCUGUCGAGGAACAAACUGUCAAUAAAACGAAAGUGAAAGAGGAGAUCGAGGCAAACUGUGAUAGCAAUGAGAAAGUUACCAACGAAUUGAUCAAAGACCUUGAUAUUAAUAAAGACAAAGAGAAAGAAACAACGGUCGUGAACAAGGAUACCGAUGAUAAGGAAAAUUCGGAACAGCCUCUCGUUUCCGAAUUGUCCACUAAUCUUCUCAACGAGUGGGCCAAUCUCAAAGAAGUCUUUCGAAUACCAAAGAAGGAAAGAAUCGAACAGAUGAAAGAACACGAAAGAGAAGCUGAUCGAGGUUACAGAGAAGAUUUGGAGAAAGAAGAUCGUCGCGAAACUUGGUACGAUCGACCGAGGUCAGAUCGUUAUGGACGAAUCGAUGACAAACGAAUAGAUCGACGACGAGUUCGCGAAUCGCCCGAUUCUGAAUCUUAUCGAUCGAAGGACAAGCGUGCAACCGACGAACGUUCCAAUCUCGUACCACUGCCUCGACUCUCCAAAUUCGAACGUAGACAAUUGUUCGCUAUGAAAGUCGCCAAAGAAGAGGAAGAACGAUUGCGUCGACAGCAGCAAGAAUCUUGGCAAGAACAUGAGGCUCGUUGUCUGGCUCUUGGCAUCGAUCCUCAUACAACCACGACGGUUGAUCCUCAAACCGGUUAUCCACUCUUUUUCAAUCCUGCGCUUGGACAGUGGCAACCUUAUCCCAUGCAGGACGGCGAUAUGGCGGCGGCUCAAUGUACCCCUAUGUAUGGAGCGCAAGGGUUAUCGACCGAAAUGUCGCCAGGGAUCCCUCAACAAGCUGUGUACGCAGGUACUUUUCCGCAACCAACAGUAACUUAUCCAGGACUGGUCCAUCCGCAUCACCAUCACCAACACCAUCCUCAUCACCAUCAUCAUCAUCCCCAUCCGGCGGCGCAGCAGCAACAACAGCAGCAACAACAGCAGCAGCAGCAGCAACAGCAGCAUCAACAGCCUCAAUAUCCAGAGGGAAAUUUAGUACAAAUACAAAACGGUACGGGAGGGGUUUCGAUGUCGGUGCAGCCGGUCUACGUCGAAAAGACGAAUGAUUCGCAAUUUGUGGCUGAGAGCGUUGUCGAAACGGUCGAAAAAAGUUCACCUCAACCGGAGUUGCCGCCGAUGGAUCUUCCGCCAAAAUGGAAAUGCGCCAAAGACGCGAGAGGAAGACUCUAUUAUUAUCACACAAAAGAACGAGUUUCUCAAUGGUUACCACCGCCUCCCGAUCACAUCGGUGUUCAACCAGACUCGUCCUCGAGCUCGGAAUCGAGCGACGAGACGAGCUCGUCGAACGAGGAUGAAGACGACCAAGAUGAGGAUCGAGGCAAUAUUCCUACCGACGAGGAUAUGGAGUGUUCACUCCCAAAUUCUAUUGAAAAUGGACCUGUCAAUCCGAAACAUCCGGCUCCUAAUAAAUUGGACUCUCGUGGUAUUGUUGGUUCCAAUGCGACAGUUCUUAUUUCCGAACCUAAAAAGAAGCGGGAUGGACUCGUACAGGAACGAAUAAUAAGCCCUCGUCGUGAAGAAGACCGCGUCGAUCACAAAAAGUACAAGGAUGUGAAGGAUAAAAUGCGACGUCAGAAGGAACGCGCACGACUGAAGGAACACGUAGACAAAUUGAGAAAACACAGGCGAGCUAACAAGUCGAAAACACAUUCGAGACACACGAUCAAGAUUCAAGAUUCUGCAACUACUGAUAUCACUGCCGCAGCUGAGAGGAAGAUUAAAGACACAUUCAGAAUAAAUAUGGCCAAUGUGAUGGUACACUUUUUGAAUCCUUACAGGAAGAAUGAUUGCAAACAAGGCAGAAUCACCAACACCGAAGAUUUCAAACACUUGGCAAGAAAGCUUACACACUUUGUUCUCGCUAAGGAAUUGAAACAUUGCAAAAGCGUGGAUGAAUUGCAGUGCAACGAGAAUGUAAAGCACAAGGCGAAAGACUUUGUGCGUAAGUACAUGAAUAAAUUCGGCGAGAUGUACCACAAAUCGGACGAGGAUUGAUCUAAUUCCUGGAUCGUUCGUUCAUCGGGGCGAUUGUGAGAGUCUUUGUUAUUUAUUUCACGAAAUCUUGUACGUUUACGCUCUUGUAAAUCGCCAAUGUCGCCACUGUAUGUAGAUAAAUUCUAAAUCAACUAAACGCGGAGAUGAAGGAAAAAAAAAUAGGAAUAAUGAUCAACAUAGUUACGAAUUUCUAUACGAACGUGAUAGCGAUUUAACGAGCCAACAUUUUAAUUGUUUUUAACCGUCGUAAUCUCUCUUUCGCGUUGUAUUUUUAUUCAAAAAGUUUCUAUUCCCUCUUGUUUGCUCUUUAUUUUGUACAAACGAAACGUUAUAUUAGAAUACGCGAUUAUUCUCAACCAACCCUUCCUUUUUCGUUGUUAAACAUAUGAAUUUUUUAAGAUUCCCCGCAAAGUUUUUUUUUUUCAAUCUACAGCCUCAUUUUUUGAACCGCAUGAGCGAGUAGAUUCGUAAUGAGAUUGACCUGUUGUUAAUAAUAAGAUUUGGAAUUUCGUCGUGCUCGUGGAAAUAUUGUAAAUAUAAUCUAACAUAAAAAAAAAUUUACAAGA